UAUUCUUUGGGCAAUGUUGGUUUCGCUAGAACAUUACUUAUUGGUGCUUAUCUGAAUGCGGCUAUAACUGACAGUAUGGAGUGUCGCUUCGCUUUAUGGAGCCCGAAAAGGAACACAGCUAGACAAAUGACAAUAAAAAUGGAGGAUGCGACAGAUAUUAUGCAACAUAUUCGCCUUCUUUCGAAUGAACAGGCUUCCUUGUUAGAGGAACAGCAUUAUGUGCAGUACACAUCGCUUCUAGGCGCCUAUGCUGCUUCAAUUAGAGACGAGAAGGUGACUCGAGAUCGUAAUCCUGUGAUGUUCGCAAUAGCAGCUGAAGAGUUGGGACGUUUUGUAAAUAGACAUUCUGACCAGGAGCCGUGCCGUGAUAACUCAAAGACGAAGGAGUUUGAUAUACUUGUGGAAGUUAUUCGCGGAACCCUUAAGGGCAAGUUGCAGCUUUGA